CGUGACGUCAACCAGGACGUCUCAAGAUGGCGGCGCCCAGUCGGUGAGGUCAGUGAGGAGUUUUUGGGAGUAGGUGAUUUGUGUGGCACAAAGUCUCAGGAUACAACCACAACCUCGGUUCCCUCUUAUUAUACUGUAUGAUUCUGAAAUAACAAGCUGACCACCAUGAAGUGCAUGAGGACAUUAUUACUGGCUCGGGAACUGUCUGUCGGAAGAUGCAUUGUCCAUAUAAAGGACCUUUCUAAGAGGGAUCUCCUGCAGCUACAGAAAGGUGUCUGUCUCCAGAAUUCCAGGAUAAUUCCUGUGAGGAGCAUUCACAUAAGCACAGGUCUUGGUGCUGCCACCGCUCCUGACAAGAACAACCCAGAUAAUAGCAAAGAAUCCACUAAUCGCUCCUUGGUGACAGUGGAAGAAUUAUUUGAGAGAACCCCUGUGGAUGCAAAGAGUAGAGCUUCGUUCCAGCAAGCUGUGAACAUCUUCUGCAAGAGGGACAUCCGCCGUAGGGGACACGUGGAAUUUAUAUAUGCAGCCCUGAAGAAGAUGCCAGAGUUUGGUGUGGAAAAAGACAUUGAUGUUUAUAACAAAAUCUUGGAUGUCUUCCCCAAGGAGGUUUUUGUGCCUCACAAUUUCAUCCAGAGGAUGUUCAACCACUAUCCACGACAGCAGGAAUGUGCUAUUGAGGUGCUUGAACAGAUGGAGAACUAUGGUGUCAUGCCGAACAAGGAAACCAAGUUGCUGCUGUUACAAAUCUUUGGGAACAAGAGCCACCCAAUGAGGAAAUACCAAAGACUCAUGUAUUGGUUUCCUAAAUUCAAGCACGUCAACCCCUAUCCAGUCCCAGAUCCUCUGCCUCAGGAUCCUGUUGAUCUUGCAAGGCUGAGCCUGCAGAGGAUUGCAGCUGACUUGGAUGCCAGGGUUACAGUGUAUCAAAUGCCUCAUCUGGAGAUUACCAACUCCGGUAAAUCUAUUGACCAUCCACACAUCGUAGGAAUUCAGAGCCCUGACCAGCAGUCACUUUUGGCUCAUCACAAUCCAGACAGGCCUGUUUUUGUGGAGGGUCCAUUUCGCUUGUGGCUCAAGAAGACAUGUGUUUAUUACUAUGUGCUGAGGGCAGAGUUGUUGCCUCCUGAAGAAAGGAAGGAAGAAAUUAUUGACCCAGAGAGGAAUUUUUACUACCCCAUGCAUCUGGAUAUUGAUUUGGAAAAGGACCUGUGGGAUGACAUGGAAUUUGAUAUUGAUGAAGUUGAGGAGGGCCCUGUAUUUGCCAUGUGUAUGGCAGGGGCAGGGGAUCAGGCCACCUUGGCGAAAUGGAUUGUCGGCCUUCAGGAGACAAACCCGAUUUUGCGCCAGAUACCGGUUGUGUUCCGCCUAACGCCGGGGCCUCGUGAGCUGCAAUCAAGCCCUGACUCAGAUGAUAACAGAGAAGAGGAAAUGGCACAAGCUCAGCGCCUCAAACAGGAGUUUUAAGCAGUUUGGAUGGUGGAAUAAAAAAUAUUGAAUAGAACAUAAUGACUGUAUUUUAAGUUCCAGUGGUUAGUGCAAUACUUUCCUCAGCUGACCUAGGUCAUUUGAGGUUGAAUUCUAACAGAGUGUGGGGCAUCAAGAGAAUCUGCUUUCACAAACAAGGCAUGCCUUUUCUCAAAUGCAGGAUUUAAAUAUUGACUGUUCACAGAUUAGCUGGCACCAGCAGAGCCUCUUUAAUACCAGCAAAAUUACAAGAAUUUAGUACACAACAUUUUCACCUUUGCUAUUCUCUCAGUUGUCUGAGGUGAUAGCUUUUCCUCCUGCUUUCUAUUUUGCAUCACUUUCUCAUGAAUAUAACUACUGUUGCAGUUCUGUCUGCUUUUUAAAUAACAGCCUUCUAAGUGAAAUGUUCAUUAUUUGACAACUAUCCUUCUGUAGCCUACCAUUGCUGUCUUCACAGCUAAAAGAACUGAGAUUUGUUCCCCUUAAAACUGAGCUGGGAUUAAUGAUUAUUUUUCCUGCAAGCUUUUGCCUGUAAAGCUGGUAGUGCUGGGGAAGAAAAUUUGCGAUAUGUUUCUCUGAUAUGCUGCUUUGGUUCCAGCCUUGCAGUUGCACUAUUAAAGGUGGAAAAUGGGUCUUUGUAUUAAAACUGCUGGAAUAAUAAA